AUGCAAAUUAAACACCCUGUUUAAGUUUUAAAAAAGAAAGUAGACGAUAGGAUUGAAUAUAAAAUCUAAUGGAAUACAGGUUCAAUUACUUAUGAACCUAUGAUUGAACUCACGCCAGAAAUGCUAUCACUAGUAAAUCGAUGGGAAUUGCAAGAACAUUAAAAAAAGGAUUCGAAGUCUUCUGAAAAGAUUUAGUCAAAAACAAUCAAAAUGGUUGAAGAACAACUAAAUUCACUAACGGAACUUGAAAAACCCAAGCCGUCUCCUCAUAAGGAGAGAAGUUCAGAAAAGGGUUAUGUGAAAUCCUUAAGAAAAAAUGAAGGUAGAAUUGAAUUCUGGAUAUAUAUACACGAAGAAGGUGUGGAGAGGUGGGUUUCUUUGGAGGAAGUCAAAAGCAGAAUACCAAUUGCUCUAUGUGACUACCUAUUAUAAAAGAUAAAGUUCGGAGGAAAAUGA